GUUUUGCCUGCGUGAGGACGGUCGACGUCCUCCGUAAUGCCGUGCUUGUAGACCGUCGCCAUGUUGUAGUGCUGCAUUUCAUGGUCGAAUCCGAUGGUGUAAUAACUUUUUUUUUUUACGUAUAUGUUUUAUGGUUUUUAACGGAAUCCAGUUUGAUUUAAAAAGAAAUCCAUUCUUCCGCAGCGAUAGACAGAGUGAGUUCAGCAAGGGCGGAGUAGCGGCAGAAUUCGGAGUCAUCUUGCUGCCGCGUCUAACAUCUGUCCGGGGAAGUCGCAGACAUGAUCAUAGAGGAUUUUGAGGCGUUGAAACAUUGGUUGUCAAAGACUCUAGAGCCGAUUUGUGAUGCUGACCCAUCAGCUCUUGCAAAAUAUGUACUUGCAUUAGUGAAGAAAGACAAAAGUGACCGAGAGCUAAAUGCUUUAUGCAUUGACCAACUUGAUGUAUUUCUACAAAAAGAGACACAGGGCUUUGUUGACAAACUGUUUGAUGCCAUAAACACCAAGAGUUAUCUUCCACAACCUGAUAGCACCUCAACAGCUGUUGUGAAAUUGGACUCAUUUGAACAUCAAGAAAAAGAAAUCAAGAAAGAUGAGGUAAACAAAGAAGAAGAAAAAGAAAAGAAGGCACCUAGGAGAUUAAACCAAAGCCCUCAGCCUUCUAGCACCCGUCACAAAGAUACCAGGGAAAACAGAAAAAGAAGUAACUCCGAUCGAGAAAGCAACUCCAUACAAAAUUCCUUUAGAUCAGGACUCCCAGAGCAGAAGCAGGAUGUAGAUGCAGCACCGCCACGUUUAAAUAGUAACAAAGUUCAGAAUGCAAAAAACACAAGGAGUAGAGAUGAUCGAAAGAGAGAUGAUCGUUUUCGUAAAAGGGAGUAUGACAGGAAUGUACCUCGGAGAGAUUCGUACAGAGAUCGGUAUAACAGACGUAGAGGUAGAAGUCGCAGUUACAGCAGAAGCCGAAGUCGCAGCUGGAGUAAGGAGAGGCAGCGUGAUAGAGACAGGAGUCGUAGCAGAACAAGAAGUAGAGACAAGGAUUCUGGAAAGCCAAAGUUUGAUCUUGAUAGACCAGAUCCAGUAGACAACAGUUAUGCAUCAGGAUCUUCUGUUCCUCACAUUGGAUCUGCACAUUUUCCAGUUCCAACUCUAAGCAGUACAAUUACAGUAAUUACUCCAUCCCAUCAUGGCAACAGCUCAGCUGAAAACUGGCCAGAAUUUCAUGAAGAUCAAGUGGACCACAGUAGUUAUGGCAGACUACAGAUGCAGAAAAAACGAUGCAGAGACUAUGAUGAAAAGGGAUUUUGCAUGAGAGGGGAUAUGUGUCCUUUUGAUCAUGGUAGCGAUCCAGUUGUUGUCGAAGAUGUAAACCUACCUGGAAUACUACCAUUCCCGGCACCGCCUCCUGUCUUAGAAGGACCUCCUCCACCAGGCCUUCCUCCCCCACCAUCUCUUUUAACACCUCCCCCUGUAAACUUGCAACCUCCUCCUGUUCCGCCACCUGGUCCACUUCCUCCCAGCCUUCCGCCUGUCACAGGACCACCACCACCUCUUCCACCUUUGCAACCGGCUGGUAUGGAUGCUCCCCCUAAUUCUGCAACCAGUUCAGUUCCUACCGUUGUCACUACAGGCAUUCUUCAUCCACCUCCUGUGCCACCUUCUUCUCUCUUCCCAUCCGCAGCAGCAGCAGGGCCCAUUCCUUUGUUUCCAGAGACAUAUGAAGCAGAUGGGUAUAAUCCAGAAGCACCAAGCAUGACUACUACAUCAAGACCUCUAUACCGCCAUCGUGUACAUGCUCAAAGACCUAAUUUGAUUGGCCUAACUUCAGGAGAUAUGGAUUUGCCUACUCCACGAGAGAAAAACAAUAUGAGGAUAGUUGUGGAUUCUGAGUCUCGGAAAAGAAAUCUUGGAUCAGGGGAUUGUGUUUUACCUUCCAAAAAACCAUGGUUUGACAAAUCAAACUUCAACAACAGAAUGAAUCCUGGCUUUCAGAAAAAGCCCCUGUUUCCAAAUGAAAACACUAAACUUGAAUUAAGAAGAAUUCCACCCGAACUUAACAACAUCAGCAAACUUAAUGAACAUUUCAGUAAAUUUGGAACCAUAGUGAAUCUGCAGGUUGCUUACAAGGGGGACCCAGAAGGUGCUCUUAUUCAAUUUGCUACUCAUGGAGAAGCAAAGAAAGCAAUAUCUAGCACAGAAGCUGUGUUAAAUAACAGGUUUAUUAGGAUGUACUGGCACAGAGAAGGCUCUUCUCAGCAAUUACAGACUCCAGGCUUGCCAAAGGUUGUACAUCUGACAGUUCCACAACAACCCAAUUUAUCAGUCAUGAAGCAAUCUAUAAAGGAGCGUCUAGGACCAGUUCCAGCAAACAAUUCCGAGCCAUCUGUGGCCCAGAAUAUUAACACAGAGACCACUCAGAAUAUAGCCAAAGUACCUGUUAAAGAGAGAUUGGGUUAUAUGUCCAAAACUGUUUCUGCAGCUACAGAAAAGGUUUUUUCCACAUCUACAGGACUCACAAAAACAGUUUACAACCCUGCAGCUUUAAAGGCAAUGCAAAAAUCAGUUUUGUAUCCUAUUUGCAAUGAUAACGGUGAUGCACAGAAAAAAAAACAGGAAGCUCUAAAACUUCAGCAAGAUGUAAGGAAGAAAAAGCAGGAGAUACUAGAGAAACGCAUAGAAACACAAAAGAUUCUUAUAUCAAAGCUAGAGAAAAAUAAGAAUAUGAAGUCUGAAGACAAAGCGGAAAUUUUGAAAACACUGGAGACUUUGACUAACAGUAUUACAAAAUUAAGGGAUGAACUGAAAGCAGUUUCUUCAACAGGCAAUGUCGUAAAGAAUAAUAAAAGCAAAGCUCAGAUGCAAAAAGAACUUUUGGACACAGAGCUGGACUUGUACAACAAAAUUCAAGCUGGGGAUGAUGUUACAGAACUACGAAAGAAGUAUACUGAGCUGCAGCUUGACGCUGCAAAGCGUGGCAUUCUGUCAUCUGGGCGUGGCCGAGGAGUUCAUUUGAGAGGACGAGGUGUGAUAAGGGGAAGAGGUCGGGUAUUGCAUGGCAGAGGUAGAGGAGCAUCUGUACAUGCCGUGGUGGAUCAUCGCCCAAGAGCCUUAAAGAUAUCUGGUUUUACUGAAGGCGACAGGGAAUAUCUUUUGCCCCACUUUGCACAUUUUGGUGAAAUAGAAGACUGCCAGAUAGACGACUCUUCACUUCAUGCAAUAAUAACAUUCAAGACUAGAGCAGAAGCAGAAGCUGCUGCAGUUCAUGGGGCACAAUUCAAAGGGCAGGAUUUAAAGCUAGCGUGGAACAAACCAGUGCCAAAUGCAUCUAGUACUGAAGUAGAAGAUGCUGAUCAAGAAGAGGAAGAAUUUCAGGAAGACUCCAUAGUAGAUGACUCCUUGCUUCAAGAUGAUGAUGAAGAAGAAGAGGAUGAUAAUGAGUCCCGUUCUUGGAGGAGAUGAGCUAUCUUAUCUGGUCACUGGGCAUCAGUUGUUGGGUCAUGCCUUCCUGUAUUUUUGUGAAGAAAUGAUGUGGACUCUUAGGUUGAAAGCCUUCUGAUUUGUCAUUUCAGUUAAUGAUUGCACAAUGCAUCAUGCUAUAUACAUAUGCAAUGUUUUUAUCCUGCACACUGUUUGCCAGAUGUGAAUUUUUUUUUUUUUGGUUUCUUUGAAAUGUAAGAAAUUUCAACUGAAAUUCAAAUUUGUGUCCUUAUAACAAAUUGAAAGUUUGCUUUAUAGCUAUGAACAUGUUCAGUCAUAAGUAGAUGAGUACUAAACAAGGUUUUCUGAUGUUAUGUACAUAAUACAUAUUGUUAUGCAUAGGCUUUACUAUGUAGUAGCCUUUUUGUUCAUUUUUGUACAUAUUUUAAGUAUGGGUUUUAAUAACAUUGUAUGACUGCUUUGCAUUUAAGUCCCUGUGACUUUAAGAUGUUGAAAAAAAAAUAAACGGUGGAAUGGUCUAAAAAAGUAAACAUAAAAGAAAAAACGCAAUACAAUUUUGUUUGUAGCUAAAGUGAGUAAAAGAUAAAAAAAAAAUUAAAAAAAAUAAAGCCAUUCCAAUGGAAAACCACCUUACCCCAUGUAUUCAUAAAAUAGAUUUUUACACUCUGA